AUGGCAUCUAUUGCAACGCCAUCGCCCCAAAAAGGCCGCCCAGCCUUGCGUCGAAAGAGCGCAUCACCUUGGAAGACCAAAAAAGUCCAUCCUUAUGGACCAUACGCAUCCACGCCUUCAUUAACUCAAAACCUUCCCGAGAAGGUCACCAGAAUCCAGUUGCCAUUCAGCCUUCGGAACAGCAACGGCGGAGGACGUAAUGUAGCUAAGGGCGAGUUUUCCGCUAUCAAAACCGUGUUCCCGACUGCACUCAGCACAAUUUACGUAUAUCCAUAUCUCGUCGUACGUGUGAAAGAGCUGCCUCCGCAGCCUUGGCCGACCUUUAUCGGCGACAUUCCACUGUGGUUGACGGACAAGGCCGAAGGAGGGAUACCGCUUGAUUUCGGUGAGAGUCCUCGUCUACAUUCGAGCUUAGAGUUCACUGUCAAGGGAGAGAUCCGCGAUUAUCAUGUCCCAGCUCCAGACACAAUAUGGGAAGUCUACAAUCUCGUGAAUGGAAAGGGCGCUGGGGUUGAUAGUAUUCGCUUCAACGGAAUGCGAUUUCUUGCAUUGGGGGAGAAUGAGCCAGCUGCUGGAUGGAGGAACGUACUCCCAACGCGAAUUAACGGCUACAAAAUGGGUUAUAUCUGGGGCAGAUCUGGCAAAAAGGAGCAUGCAUUUCGGCGCAAUCUACCUGCAACUACUGUGAAGGAUGAUUCUGAUUACAGAUCUCAGGGUGAGAUUCUCCGACCUGGUGUUCUAGUGGAAGGAUUAUACAAAAUGGAGGGACAGGGUCACUUCUCUUCAGUUAUCACCACUUCCGGAGUCUGUGUCGAAGGCCCAGGGGGAGAAAAGAGGAUCACAGUAUCUAGGUAUGGAUUUCCUCUUGAAUCGCACCAAGAAGUCUAUCAUCCUUCCGCUCAGCCGGCCCCCAAUUUCGCAAACAAGAUUGGGAAAGUCGAUAAGGUGUUUGGAGUUACUGACAUCGCCCUAGUCAAACUUGAGGACGGUCUGAGCUACGCCGCAGAAACGUUUUCAGAGCACUCCGAAACGGGAUUGCCCUUUAAUGCGCGUCCAUUCCGCAACUUGCGAGACCCCGAAGGUCUCCGAUAUGGCGAUUCAGUAUAUAUGAACACAGCCGUCAACGGUCUAUGCGAAGGAGCACAUGUAGACACCGAUUGGAAAAUUGUCCAAGGACCUGGUGGGCAAGAGGCACACAUGGAGAUCGGGACCUUCCUCUACUGGGGAAAUGGCCAAGUGGGAAACCUUUUCGAGGGCUGUUGUGGUGGGGUAAUUUGGGACGAGAGUUUCGAUGUCAUCGGACAGUUGCAUUAUGUUGAGGAGGCGGAUUCCCACGACCGAAAGCUUUCUUAUGCGCCGUCCUUUCUGCCGUUGAUCAAGGAGGGCUAUCAACUCUCGAGCAUCUAA